CGAAGAUAAAAUGGCAAACAACGCGACCAACCAUCAGGGAAAGAGCCAAGUUCAUGUUCAACAACGAGUGCUUCAGCGAUAUAAAGUUCGUUGUUAGGAAGAUGGAUGGUGAAAGCGAAAGUAAAUAUGUAAUUCCUGCUCACAAGUUUGUUCUGUCGAUCAGCAGUCCUGCGUUUGAAGCCAUGUUUUACGGUGAGUUGGCGGAGACUAAAGACUCUAUUGAACUGCCUGACUGUAAGUACGAAAGUCUGCUGGAGUUGUUUCGUUUCAUGUACAGCGAUGAAGUAAAUUUGAACGGAAGUAAUGUGAUGGGAGUGUUAUAUUUGGCGAAGAAAUACAUCGUGCCUUCAUUGGCUGAUAAAUGCACCGAUUAUCUACAAGAUAAGCUGGAUGUGUCAAAUGCUUUUAGCAUUUUGCCCAAUGCUCAUCAGUUCGAUAAGAAAAGGUUGGUGGAACGAUGUUGGAAAGUAAUCGAUAAACACCGCGAAGAGGCUAUAAAAUCAGAUGGAUUUGCGACACUUGAAAGAUCUUUAAUUGAAGAAGUAGUCAAACGCGACACACUGAAUAUUGAAGAGGUAGAGUUGUUCAAAGCUGUGGACUCGUGGGCUACAAAGAAAUGCAAAGAAGAAGGCUUGACUGUAGAUGGUAGUGUAAAAAGGAAAAUUAUUGGAGAGAAUAUCGUAAAAGCAAUCCGUUUCCCAGCCAUGAAGCAACAGGACUUCGCUGGUGUUGUUCUUGGCACCAAGAUACUCACACAAGACGAAGUCUGUGAUGUCGUGAAGUAUUUGAAUUCAGUGCUAAGCUCUCCAGUAAGAUUUCCUGUAAAUAGAAGGCUAUGUACUUUUGCUUGUAAACAAAACUGCCUUAUUUUCACACAAAGAAAGCAAAGAAGAAGAGAAAAACGCUUCUCGGAAUAA